ACAAAUAACAACCAAAGCAGCAACAAACCAGCUUUUAUUUUGGCAUAUUUCAACAUUGACAAAACAAAGAAUAAACAGCAGAGAGACAACAAAAACCGCAGCCGCCCUUCCGGGCGCUGUUAACGAAAGGCAAGACAUUGACGCGGCGGUUAAUUGCCGACGAAGACCAAAAACCCCAAAAAGCAAACUCAAACAAAAUUUGUGGCUUUCACAGACAUUGAGUAACAGUUGGCAAGGCAAUUAGCAAUCAACCACAAAUCGGCAGUGGCAACGACAGAGACAUCGAGAGCAGCAGCAACAGUGGCAACGGCAACAUCUGGGCGGGAGAAACCACCAAAUUGACAUCAAUAACAAUGUACCAUGGAGGCUUGUUUAGGUUUAGGCAGAAAUCAACGUUCCAACAACAAAUCGCCAAAAGAUUUGAAAUUGCAACAACAACAGCAGCAACAACAAUCCGGGCUGCAUACAUUCCAUCAUCAUCACCAUCAGCAACAGCAUCAGCAGCAGCAGGGGAAAUUGCAACAGCCGGUGACAAAUCAAAAUUAUUACACUACACAGCAGCAACCGCAGCAGCAAAGGCAACAUUUAAUCACACGUGGCCAACAGCAGCAGCAACAGUUGCAACAACAGAAAUUACAACAACAACAACAGCCCCCUACAAAUGUAGCCGGGGACUUAAAGCAGCAACAGCAGCAGCAGCCACCUACAUCCCCCCUUUUGGAACGCCAACAAAUUGGCCAAAAUGUGAGGCAAAAUGUCUCCAUGUCAGCAACCGCAGGAGGGGGAGCAGGAGGAGCUGCUACGCCCGCAUCAUCAGCUAGAACAAUGCCUAAAUACAAGAAUACUGCCCCCACACUGCCCUUUGAAGACUUAUCUCCAAAAAACCCCAUAUCUGCCACUCAGACAAUGAUGUCCUUGCAACAGAGUACAAUUCAGGUUGAUGUCACGCCAACACUGCCCUCAUCUGUUAGCCCCACAAAUGCUGGCGGCGGAGGUGGUGCCGCCAACAAAAGUUGUCGAAAGAUCAGCAUUCGACAACCACAGGCACAGGCACAGACACAGCAUCAACACCAACAUCAUCAUCACCACCAUCAUCAUCAUCAGGUGCAGCAGCAUCAACAGCAGCAACUUCACCUUCACCAGCAACAACAAAUGACUGCCGAUUUGGAUGCCAUUGAAAUAUGUGCUGACCCAGAGCCCAUGGUCUCUUUCAAAGGUGCUGGCUUAGUGAGGCAUACAAAAACCUUGGGACGCCUGCAUCAGACCCAUAGCAUGGACGAGCAAUGGUCGCAAAUGCCUCAGACCACCUCCAUGCAAUUGCUGCAAUUACAACAACAUCAGCAGCAGCAGCAACAACAACACCAUGACUAUUCAUAUGCCUACUAUGAACCUGGAGCGGCAAUGCGCCACACCAACAUACCCAGCUCCCAAUUAGUGGCCGAUGAAGAGGAUCUAACACCAGCUCCGCCCAACUCCAUUCGCGCUUUGCUGUCCAAGGGUAAAAAGAAUAAACUUUUGGUCUCACCCGCCACCCGACAAUCGUAUCAGGUGCGACUAACGCAACAACAUCAGAAACAAUUUUCCAAUAAUCCAGGCUCUUCGGCGGCAGCUAAGUCAGCGGUAGCUGCAGGAUCUUCGCUUGCCGGGGCCGUGGGAGGAGGGGCGCCCAGCAACAUAUCAACGCCAGAGAAUUUCUAUGAAGAAAUUUCCGCCUCCUCCACAUCGUCAUCAUCGAACUCCAUGACCAGCCAUAGACAAUUGCGUUCCACCUCGCAUUCUGCGGGCUCGCUAACCCAACAGUUGGUGGAAGAGGAGUUGAGAAGAGUACAAAAUAGGCAUCAUAAAAUUUUGGGAGAACUCAAUUUAUCCGUAGAGGCCAUGCUAAUGCCAGAAAGUCCACCCAAUACCAGUCCCACCUCUGGCAGCAGCACCAAUGCCCCACCCAAGGAACCCACGGCUCCAACUGUCAGUGUCACCUCAGCUUCGGGGCAGCCCUUGCGUCUAACCUCAUCAUCAGUGGACAACAUAUGUGAUCCUGGGGCCACGGCAACAGUAGGAGGGGGUGCUAUAGCCCCCUUGACCUCCUCGGCCACUAUAGCGGCUGGUUUGCUGCAAACCUCCUGCCUGGGAGCUGCCGAUCUGGACAGCGGAUUUAGUGGGAGUAGUGGAGCGAGCUAUAUAGGAUCCCUGCGUUUGCAUAAAACCAAUGCCCUGAUGAACUCACGCACCGCUGGCCAGCAGAUGCAGACAUCAUCCGCUGCUGCGCCAACCCUGGCCACCUCCAAUAAGUCCCAACAAAGUGCCUUUGCUUAUGCCACACAAAGUUGUCGCUCCUUUCAAAGGGCCAACACAUGCAUCGACACCAAUGCCUCGUCGCGCUCCCACUCCUCGGCCAUAAAACAUCUGCCUCAAGUUCAUGGGGCUGGCAAUAAACAUCCCACCCUCUCGCAUGGCUAUUUGCCAACGGAUGGGGCCGUCGCCGCCGCCAUGAUGAUGACAAUGAACGACGACGAUGAUACCGCCCUAAAUUCAUCGGGGUUUUUUACGCGUGCUGCCUGUGGUCGACGUAUUUUAAAUUGUGCCAAAAUAAGAGCGGCCGAAGAUCCCGGCCCAGUGGUUGUGGUGGAGUCUAAAGCUCGCAGCUUUUGGAAUCGCAAAGGAUGGCGCAAGUUUCCCGGCUUCUCAACAUCAACGUCCAGCAUAAAUGAUACGGGUUUAGCAACAGGUAAGUUUCUACUUCAUGGACCAUGGUUUCAAAUAAUUUGCUCUACAGGAUGUAACAGAUUCGUAUACGUAUAUCGAAUGAAUGUGUUUUGCUUCGAAUUCUAUUGAAAUGGUUUUUAUAAUGGAAAGUGGAAAUUCGUUUUGUGGCUCCACGCAGGACAUUUGAGGGUGUCAGGUUUUCCAACACUGGGCGUAUAUAAAGUGAGUAGACCAUUAACUUAUUUCUUAUAUUGAAGAUACAUUUAAAGA